AUGCCCCGCAAUCGUGUCGGGAUCGAGGUUGACUCGUUGCCACCAGCGCAUAAGCAGGAAGAUGAGCCUCACAUCGACAGCUCCCGCGAUUUGUUGGGUGGAUCCUUCUCCUCGACGCAGCUGAAGUCGACUGCUUCAGCGCCAUCACUCGAAGCUGCCAAGGCGCAACGGCAAAAGGAACUGCUGCGGAAGAAGAAAACCGAGCGACGUGCUCAUGCACAGCAGCGGGCUGCUGAGAAACAGCAGCGCCAGGAUGAGAAGAAGCAGGAACGCGAAAUGCUGUCGAUGAUGGACGAAGAUUUCCCCGCGGUGGACCCACCCAACGUGCUGGUCGAUACUUCCACUUCGACCCAAUCUUUGGCGUGUUUGGAGGUUGAACGCAAGGAUGAGGAAGCUGCAGCUAUGAAUCACGAUGCGGUCACCUUUGUGUCUGAGAAAGACCCCGUAAACUCGAGUUCCCCGCGAGCUGCUAAAGACGACGCUCCUUUGCCCCCGUUGAGUUACGGCUACGAUAUUCUAGCUGAUGCUUGCCCGCCCACUACAACUGAGACUAUGCCAAAAGUCACAAAAGGUUCUCCGCUAGCCAAGAACGCAAACGCUGCGGCUGCUACAAUCCAGAAAGCUCUGAAAAAGAAAUUCAAGAAGUGCAAGACGAUGUUUCGACAAUCUCCUCGGGUCUUCGCGGAAGAAGUGGUUGUUGCUCCAUCGUCGCCAGAAGAAACAGCGACUGAAGUCCCGGCGACUUGUGACGACGGAGCCUUAGAGACGGAGCUUGUUGGGCCUACUGUCGAGGCUUUGGGCGUUGAUAUUGUACGAAUUCCUGAUUCUCCCCAUGAAAAAACUCCUUCAUCUCCAAGACCCGAGCCCAUUGUGCCUCUUUUGACAUUACCACUGAAAGCACCAGGAACUCCGCCACCACUCUGGUUCCGCGUCUUCGUGCUCUUCUUGCUCGUGUUCAUCGAGCUCAACUUCAAGUCCAAGCUCAUCAGCGUCUGA